GAAGACCAGAGAUUUCUGUCGUUACAUUACAACUYGCUCGCCAGAGAGCCCGACCGUGGUUUCCAGGGAAACUGGAAAUGUGAAGCUUUUCAAUAGACACGCACACACACACAGACACACACAAGCCCCAGCCUAAAGAGCGAGGAUUGCCUAAGAUAGAUUCUUCUAGAGACAAACCUGUAGCCAGCGCUAUCAGAAUMAAUCAAACAGCGGAGCAGCACGGACAGAUGUCGCCUUCAAUCACCACUGAGAUUUGUGAUGUUUGACCUAAUUCUGAAGAAGAGUUGUGGAGAGGCUUCAGUGCGGCUUUGCUGCUGAGGUUAUUUUACCRCUUUCAUGAAGAGGCAGAAUGGGAAGUCUUAAGGAUGAGAAAAAAGGUCUCGGAGAGGACCACCAGUCUUCAAAGAAGUCUGAUAACUGGGGACAUCAGGCAAGCUCAGAGAGCGGCGGUGCUGGCGAGGGACAUCAGCGACACACAAGUCAACAGUCAACAAGUCAAGAGGAGUAUCAGCCCAGUCUGCACAUGAGUGGCAGCUCUGAGGGGGAGAGAGACAAAACCCUGACAUCCAAAGAUCAAGGGCUCUCAGGGGUGGAUGGUGGAACUCCUGAACCGUCGGUCUCUGAGCGAGCAAAAGCCUGUGCAAAGUCUGAUGUAAUGCCUCUGACACCGCAACCCACAGCUCAUCAAACCACAGCCACGCAAAACRAUGCAGCCGUUUCCAUCAAGCCCCAGAGUCAUGGUGACCCUGAGGACAAAAGUGACAGAGAGAAAGUGUCAGUGCYGCCGACUCCAGACCCCUCGGACCCACGUUCACCAGCCCCUUUCGGUCAGCAACACAUGCGCACUCAGGUGAGUCUGGAAGUGGUCCAGUGUCACUCAGCAGCCACCAGCCCCAUGACUCCCCCCGAAGGUGGCCAAUCCUUCUUCUUCCCGAGCUCUUUUGCGAAAUGCGAGGGCAUUGCUGCUGACACCAAAGACGCAGAGCUGCAGGUGGGUCAGCAAGUGGAGUUCUGCUCUGUCGCCACCUCCCCCAUGACCCCGAAGACGCCGUCUACCACGGCUUUCCCGAUGCUCGUUGGGAAAGAGGCAGCGCAGAAGGGAAUGAGAACGGAUAAGGAGCAAAAUCAUUGCCGGGAACAAGAAAGUUUUGCAGCAACAAAAAGUCAGGUGGAAACAGAAUCUGGAGGGAGUUCCACCGGCUGUCUGGCUCCUGGAUCAAUCCAUUCAUCGGGGACMUUUGACGAUGGUAAACAGCAGUGUAAGCAGCAGAGGAUGGGCAGCAUGGAUCAAGACAUUACAAUCCUGGUGACCCAACAUGGCAACAAUGAGGAGGAAGACGAGAAUAAGGAAGAGUCACACUUUCCUCCAGUUGAUCAAGAGAUGGUGAAAAUUGAAGAAUACGAGGAAGAGAAAUGUGAGGAUAGAAAGGAAGCUCCUGAAAAGCCAAACCAAAAACAACCCGAGGAACAAAAUGACUGCAGUGAAGCUGAAAAUUCAGAGCUCACCGAGAACACGGGCACAGGAGAAAAGGCGAUCGACAUUUCCGGCACAAAGCCUCCUGAAUCUCCAGCCCCCUACGGCUGCCACAACAUCCGAACACAGGUGAGUCUGGAGGUGGUGCAGUGUCACUCUGUAGCUACCAGUCCCAUGAYGCCCCCUGAAGGGGACCAGGCCUUCUACUUUCCCAGCUCCUUUGGGAAGUAUGGGUCCGACGGAGCAGGGACAAAAGACGCCGAGAUGCAGGCGAGUCAGCAGGUGGAAUACCGCUCUGUUGCGACGGCACCCAUGACCCCAAGAACUCCCAUUGCUAUGACCUUUCCUGAGAUCAAGAAAGAAGUGAGCAUAGAGGAGAAGAUACAGGAGGAGAAGGAGGAAGAGGAGGAGAACCAAAAAGAACARCCGACUGAGUGCCAAGAGAAGAAACGUGAAGAGGAAGAAGUAAAAAAAGAGGAAGACAAAACCGAUGUAAACUCUCAGGAAGAAGAUGAGGAGAAGAGCGAGGAGCCAGUGCAGGAGGUGAGCUGGGACGAGAAAGGGAUGACGUGGGAAGUGUACGGGGCAGUGGUGGAAGUAGCCGUGCUGGGCUCGGCCAUCCAGAAACACCUGGAGAAGCAGGUGCUGAAACAGAAGCAGCAGUCCUCAGUCGCACCGCCGGAGCCCUCAGAGGUGGGGCAGGUGGGGCCCGGUAAGGGCCGGGCGAGGAAGAAAGAAGAAGAGGACGGUAAGGGGAGCCGACGCAGGAGAAAUCCCUUCCGGGGGCUGAUGGAGAACGUGCAACAGCCUCACUGCUGCACCCGGGCUCACACCAGCGAGUGAUGGGAGAGUGGAAGCUUUAACAGCUGGCCGAAGAAAAACAAGCUGCGCUCAACAAUCCCAUCUGAUAAACGUGGCUGUGACUGAUUUACAACCGCUUGACAUCCUGUUGACAGGGUGAGAAACAAAUCACACCCUCGCACGAGACAAACGAGCUUAGCAGCGUAUAGAGUGGGUCACCGGAAACAUUCUUCACAGAGAAACAACCAGGCUAAUGUAUUCAAAUCGCUUUUCUAAAAACUUCCUGUGACAUCACUGGGAACRGACUGACAGGGUAAUUGACUCCAAGUUACAACAAGCGAGUGAUACAUCAGUGUCAUUGUUAGCCCAGCUCCUCUCCGUUUAUUAUUUUUCCUCUCGGCCCACUUAGUCAUUUCAGCUGUCUUUGCUUUUUUUUAUGCACUUCAGACAAUAUGAAGCCAUGGCAACAAGCUCUCCUUCUGCUGGCUGUUAAGAAGCUUAACACAUGCAGCUGAGAGGGAUAAUGGUAGAUUUCUACUUACAGCCUGAAGUCUGUCUGUUAAGUGCAGAGGUCAUUUUGAUGGAAAUUUAAAUGGAUACAAGUUGCUUUUAUAUGUGCAUAAGAGGAGUCUCUGCCAUUGCUGCAGGCAUUUAUUCACACAUUUUAGUCUUUGCUUCAACUCUUUUGUGUGGUUAAAAUCAAUGUAAUUAAAGGGAUUGUUUGGACCUUUUGAAGUGGGGUUCUGCAGAAAGUUCUGAACAGCUAAUAUCUAAUCUUGUAGAUAGCUCAUUCAGCAACCUCAGGUUGUAGAAAUAGAGUUUAUUUCUGACCCAGAAUAACAAGCUAAGAACAAGUCUGAACAUGAGCGGCACCAAAUUGGAUUGCUGCCAUCCUAAAACCAUUCUCAAUAAAAUUUCACAGAGUUUCAUGGAAAUGUUGUUUUAUAAACCUUUGCAUCAUCGUCAGUCACUGUUAUUUACAUGAAAUCAGUGUUGCCAACUUGUUGCUUUACACAGACCGCUCUAGCGACACUUUCUAAACACCGAAUACUGACACAUUCAGUUACUUAUUCUGGUGUUACUACAGACUUUUCGAGACUCUGACGUGAAAACGCAUAUCGUUUUUACACUUCUCAACGAGCAGCAAGUGCAAAGAACUAACAGGUGGUCCGGACCUUAAGCAGCAUCCCUCCCAGCAGCAGAACAGGAGAUGUGCACCCCUCCACAUCUAGACUGCUAUUGAAUCACAUGCAGUAUGUGCAAAGGUGCCACUGUAAACGCUGUGUCUGUGUUUUUUGAUUUGUUUAACAAAACCACUGCACUAAAAAAAUCCAAGUGUCUAUCAGUCACUUUUCCCAAACCCAGGUAAAAUAGGAGCGUUCAAAUUGGGACUUUAGCAGRCAACAUAGUUCAUUGCACUCACUCUUUAUUCCUCCCAUGAUGUUAUUGCUUUCUGGCCAGUUAUUCAAAUUAGAUAAUGAUGACUCUGAGCAACUCUUAGAAUAUUCUGUACAUGGUUUGAGCUCUUAUUUAGUGCCUGAAAUAUUGUAUGAAUAUUUACAUAGAAGUAAAACCAACUCUUUUUUGGAAAAUACUUUCCAUUGACCACACAUCACCUGGAAUUGAAAAGUUUUGAACUAUCCUUAAGUGAAUCUUUUCAGCAUUUCUCUCACAAAACUACCAAAUGCUUUGUUGCUGCAUGAAGGUGCAUGGAACAUCUUCCCAUUCCACUAGCUUUUUGUGGCAUCCAAAUUAAACACGACAAUGUUCCCUUUUAAAAGGACAAAUUACCAGAUCUUGUUGGUAUUUUCUAAGCAAACCUCCAGCCUCAAAAACCAGCAAGUGUCAUUGGAAUGCCUGAAGCACUUACCUUAGCUGUCACAAAGAUUGUCAAUUAUUAAACUCAUGAUGAUUUAAAGGGGCGAUAUCAUGUGCUUUCUAAGCCUAUAUUUAAAUUUUAUACUGAAACAAAGUAACUAUGUCACAUUUUCAGCUUAUGAAAGAGCUAUAUAUUAGUAAAAA